AUGACAGAAGUAUUGCGAUCUCCAGAGCUGUAUCGAAAAUUGCUAAAAGAAAAAGGACUCUCCGAGGUGAAAGGUGAAUAUUUUGAUGAAAUCCCUCGAAUGAAACCUGGGAAAUGCAAAGAAGUGGAUGAAGAUUCGAAAAGUCACCAAACGGCUACAAUGCUUUUUGGAGAUGAGAGCGAUGAUGAGGAUGGAUACGCGACUCCUUCAGAAAUGAGUGCCGUGGAUAAAUGGAAGCACGAUGAGACAGCCGAGGCGGCCACCUCCGAAUCGGAUGCAGAACCGGCAGAGACAUCACGCUGUGAAACAAAAUCGAAUCUCGAUGGAUGGGAGAGUGACCUCUCGGUGACCCGAUCAUUCACGGCGCUCCCGCGGAGAGAAUCGCGUGGAGAGACGAGUCAGCGAGAGGCUGAACUGAUCGAGGAAAAUCGUCGAUUAAAAACCCAACUCGAGUUGAUCUCAAGGGGCGAUUCGUCUCUCAAGGAUAUAUUGGAGGAGAAUGAGAAGCUCAAGAAGCAGCUAGAUGAGGCAAAUGAUUAUGUGGAUCAUGUGGACAUUGAGAAUGAACAGCAAUACAGCACAAUGUCUAACCAAAUCGAGGAAUUGAUUCAAAUGGUGCAGGAGAAAAAGAAAGAGAAUUUGAAUUUGAAAAAAAACGUUGAAGAUCGAGAUCGAACUAUUGCACAGCUCAGCAGAAAUGUCGAUCAACACAAAGUGAGCAUUGAUCGACAACAUGAGAUCAUUGAACAGAUACGAGAGGAGCUGGAUCGAGAGAAAGAUCUCCGAAUAGAAGCUGAUAAUGAGAAGGAUAAACUCUAUGGGGAGCUGGGCGAAUUACAAAAGAGAGUUGAUGACACGAGAAAUGAAUUCGUGCAGAAAGAAAUGAUGCUUCAAAUGGAAUUGGAAGAUGUGCAGAGAAUCCUCGAUAAACAAAAGGAGAUUCUCAGUGCCUCGUCGGUGGCAUCUCUUGUCGAUAAGUGGGAACGCCGAGUUCUCUCAUUGGAGAACGCAGUGCGUGAGCGAGAGAUCAUGCUGCAUACACAACAGCAGAUCAUCGCCGAAUUGCGACGAAGAAUGGCUUUUCUUGAUCGAGGAGCAGCUAGCAGUGGAGAAAGCUUGGAUAGUUCGGAGCGAAGCGCCAUCGAACACCGAAAGAAACAAGCGGUCUUCAGAUAUUUGACAAGUGACGAUUACGAGAAGAAAGAGCUCGUCGGCUCGGUUGCGGUGGCGCUCGAUUUGACGAAAGAUGAAGAGGACCAUUUGAGAAAUACCCUUAAUCGCACCAAAAAACAUAGGAAACAAUAUAUUCUC